AUGGAUCAAAGUACACCUAUGAUAGUUGAUUCCAUGAGCACGCCGCGUGUUUAUAGUAAUGCAUCAAGAUUUCAGGGAACGGCAGAAUUUACACCUUCGAUUUAUGCUACCCCGCAAGUUCAUUCUUCGGAUAUGCUUGUUAAUGGCUUUCCCAGUAUUAUGAAUUCAUCCAUUACCAACUUGGGGACAAGAUUACUGAACACUGAUGGAAUGUACUUUGGUAAUGAUAUAAUUCAAAGGUAUGCUGAAGUGUAUGAACAUACACGACCUCAGGAAGAUAUAGGAAAUGCACCUGAAACAUAUGAGCAAAUGUGCGAAGAAUAUUCUAAAUCGUUCCGCGAGGAAGGCGGUGGAAUAUUCAAUUUUAAACCUCGAGAAUGUCGACUCUGGGAAGCUGAGCGUAAUACGUGGAAACUAUUAAAGCUAUUAUCACAAUAUCGGUUCACGCCUAUAAAAAGUCUUGAUGGAACAAGAAAUCCAUUUCAAACAGAUGGACAGCUUUUAUGUGAGCUUCUCGCGAUCGAUAAAGAUUUUGCCGAGGCUUGGAUUGUACGUAAAUGGUUAUGGAAGAUCGCGCCAGAUUUUAUUACUGUAGAAACAAAUCCUGAAUAUCGUUCUUUCACAAAAAAUUCAAUUCUAUUGGACCUAAAAAAACGAGAUUCAGAAGAAUAUAAGUACCUUGAUCCGGAUGGUACUCACAGAACUCAAAAACCUUUACAUCCUUACGAUCAGGAACACGAAAAAGAGCUUGUGAGAUCGAUAUUUGAAUAUUUACGUAGGGGUCAAUUUGACGAUGCAAUUGAUAUUAGCGACAAAAACGGCCAUUACUGGCGAUCUGCUAUUUUGAGCGGAAUUAUAUUAUACGAUGAAAAAGUUGACGGCUUACAUAUUAGUAAAAUUGGUUGUAAAUUUCAAGCUGUGAAUACGGAUCGUGUUACCUCAAAUGAAAAUGGAAAUGUGACGACAAUUGGAAACGUUAAUCGCCAAAUAUGGCGCGGAACGUGUUACCAUUGUGCUAAUCAAGAGAAACUCGAUGUAUACGAUAGAGCAAUAUAUGGUGUUCUUAGUGGGAACUAUGAAAGUAUUAUUCCUAUUUGUCGAACUUGGGAAGAUUAUGUUUGGGCCUAUUAUAAUAGCCUAAUUGAGUGUCAACAAGAAGAGCAUGCUCGGCAUAUGGGAGUUAAUGAUGAUGAUGAUUUACCAAUAAAUAUCAAGGUUUUAACACCAAAAGAAAUAUUUGAGUUAGUGGAAUCAAAAAGAGUUGAUAGUAGGGAUUUUGAUCUUGAGAAGUUCCACAUUAUUCAAAAGUUGAUUAUUUUGAACGAUUCAAAAGAAAUGGUUAAACAAUUAAAAGUAGAAAUAAUUGAUAAACGAUUAAGACGUGAAGAUGAAAUUGCUUAUGUUCAUUUCCUUCGCCUUGCGACACAUUUAAUUUUGUAUUUACGGGAUUUGAUGCUUUCAACCCCUGAUAAGGAAUCGGAUGAUAUUAUCAAAUUAUAUACUGAACUAUUGAUAGAGUGUCAUCAGAAUAAACUUAUUGCGUUGUAUGCAUCAAAAUUACCGAGAGAGAUAUCUAUUGAAAUUUAUGCCUCGUUUUUAAAAGGUGUAACGUCAAGUUGCACAGAGAGACGUAAACUUUUCACUUUGGCGGAACAGUAUGGUCUCAAUGUUGUCGCUAUUACUCGAAAAACUUUUGAAUUAAUAUUUAAAGAGAUCGAAAGUCCAGAUAGAUAUGGUCCUGUAUCUGAUAUCAGGAUAAUAACUUUGCAAGAACCUGUCAACGCAGUUGAGGAAAUACAAAUUCGUGCACUGGAAUGGUUAACGUUUAGCAAAGAGCAACAUCGUGAAGCUCUAAAGUCAGCGAAUGCUUUAUGCAGAAUAUUUCUCGCUUCUGGAAGAAUGAAUGUAGCGGGUAAGAUUAUAAUGGAAAUGAAAUAUACAAAAUCGCCUUUAUCAGCUAUACGCUAUGUGAAACCCGAUGACGAUGAAGAUGAGAUUGAUACUGUAUUCAUCGAACAUCAGAAUUAUUGCACCAUGAUCGAAUAUUAUAACAAAUAUGAGGCUUGGUGGAAAACAUGGAAAUCGAAACCUGAAAAACCUAGCUCGAAAGAGUUGAAUGAAUGGACCAAAAAUAUUAAAGAUAUUACGAAUUCUUUGGAUAUUCGUUUUCAUAAAUUUUUAGAUUCGUAUGUUAUUGAUUUCUUAAGAGAUACAAAGACCAUGGUGACUGAAGAAGAUGAAAUUCGGAUACGUGAAUUGGAACGAGUAAUGGAUAUCUAUAUCCCAAAUGCAGUUCUCCGACAUCAUAAAGUAUUGUAUGAAACUCGUGACAUCCUUCCGGCAAAUUUGGAAGAAAGCUUUAACUUAGCCAACUUGGUGGUUGAAGAAAAUGCUGAUCUCACUAUACAUUUUCGACGUUCGAAAAAACUACCAUUGCUAAUAAUGUCAUUGCGUGAUUCUUAUCUCGAAAUACUAAAGAAAAACCCCAAAGAUAUUUCAAACGUUUUACACGUUGAUUAA